AUGUCUGCGAUUUUGCUUCUUGGGGGAGAUCAAGAACGCGACAGCUUUGCAGCAAAUCUGGCUUACCAGCAGUGUGCAGAGUGCCCCCUCACUGUGUUUGCGAGCUCACCGGGUGCUGGGGCAGAGGAGCGCCUGGCCAAAGUGCAGGCAGCUGGGCAGCUGGUGCUCUCCCAUCGGGCGGUCGACACCGUCACAAACUUCUCAACGAUGAUACCGGAUCUUCAGAAUGCUGGUGUGACACAUGUGCUUUUGGUGACUUCCGCCUACCACAUGCCCAGGGCCGCGGCAAUUGCUGAGAUCAUGUUGAGGUCCUGCAAGAUUACCUUUGAGGCUUGGCCUGUGGAGUGUGCUUCGAGCCGGGCAGGGAAGCGUGAGCCCACAUGGAAGACAUACCGAGAUGUCCUUCGAGCUCGAAUCUGGAGCAUUACUGGAUGGGAUUUCCUCUGGCUUGCACGAAUCCUGGUUCCUGCGGCCAGAUGCUGCAGAUGA